AUUUCGUUUGAUUUGUUGUCAAAAAAAACUGAAUAACAAUAUUAGAUUUUGAAAACAACAUUUCGAGCAUUAAGUUUAGAGAAUUUGAGCAAACAAGUUGUGAACUACUCCAAAGGCCAGAUCAAAAUAAAAAAAAUUCAAAGUAUACCAGUAAAUACCAAUAAUGAGACGACAAUACGGAAAAAAGUCGGGAACGAGAAAAAGCAACGUAAAAACGCAAGGACGGAAUCACCUCGGACGACCUGCGAAAAUGAAGGCAAUUGAUAAAAUUGCUGAAUAUUACCGUGAAUAUUAUCAAGAUGAAAUCAGAGAGGAAAAUAUUGCCAAAUCUAAAUUAAACGGCACAUCUGUUGCAACGGCUGAUUCACAACAUUUCGACAAUAUGGAUCCAAAAACAUUACAUCCCGUUUCCAACGAUAGCGCACUUAUUCAUCGCCAACGACGCUGUCUUUACUUCUGUCAUUUUCGCCGCAUUCAUCAUGUAACGAAGUUAAGCAGUCUCGACGAAGAUUUAUUCGAUGCGGCAGCCGAAGGUUCAGAAAUCAGAAUAUGGAAAUACAUUCGACGAGGAGCCAAUGUUAAUUAUGUAAACGCAAAUAACGAAAGUCCAUUAAUCGCCGCUGCGCACAGUGGUGACGUAGAUGCUGUGGAUCUAUUGAUAUCGAAUGGAGCGAAUGUUAAUCAUAGAAACGCUAACGGUGACACCAGUUUAACGACUGCAGUAUAUUUUGGCCAUAGACGAGUCGUUGAAACAUUGUUAAAAAACGGUGCAAUUGUUAACUGUCAAAAUUUUCAUGGUGAAACCGGUCUUCAUUUGGCUGCAAGGAGAGGUAACAGAAAAAUUGCCGAUUUGUUACGAACGUAUGGUGCCAAUAUAAAUGUUCGUAACCACGAGGGAAAAACGCCGUUGGAAGUAGCUGUGGAAAAUGGUCAAAGAAAGGUCAUUGAAGUUUUAAAUAGAUUUGGUGAUGAAAUUCACGAUGAAUCGUCUGUUAAUGAAAUUAACUCAACCGCCGUUCCAACAGAAUCUCCAGUCAUUGUACCUGCUCCGCAUGAAGCCUUAAAAAAUGCUUGCGAUUCAUAUGUGAAAUUUGCACAACGUAUACCGAUUUUGGAACCUCGCAUUUUGGGUGGUGAAGAAGCGAAAGCCGACGAAUUCCCAUGGAUGGCUGCAUUGGGUCAUUUGAACUCAAAACUCAAGGUCGAAUUCAAUUGUGGUGGCACGCUUAUCUCGGACAGAUUUGUGUUGACAGCAGCACAUUGCGUGAAAGCGUCAUUGAAACUGGUGUUGGUUCGAUUUGGAAAGUUAAAACUGACUGAAGACGAUGGACUUGAGGCUGUCGAUCGACUUAUUGAGGAGGUGAUAUCACAUCCCGAUUAUUCACCACGAACCAAAUCAUCUGACCUGGCGUUGAUUCGUGUGGAGAAAAUUGACUUCACCAGACACGUAAUUCCGGCAUGUUUACAAACCGACACACAUGACAUGCAUCCGGAUGUCAAACUGUUUGUGACCGGCUGGGGUACAACAUCUUCAAUACGAACCAAAAAGGCGUCAACUCUACUGAAAACGCAAUUAAUGUCAAUGCCCCUCUCCGAAUGCAGCACCAUGAUUAUGAAUCAUAAUCAACGGCCAAUUUAUUCGAGCUUUAAGAACCUUACGGUCGGUCAUUAUUGUGCGUUUGAUCCAAGUGCCCGAAAUGAUAGUUGCCAGGGUGACAGCGGGGGGCCACUUCAGGUCUUUCCAUCAAAUUCAACCAUAUCAACGGUUGUGGGCAUCGUGUCAUUUGGCAUUAGUUGUGGCACAGCACUACCGGGCGUUUAUACAAGAGUCUCUCACUAUUUAGAGUGGAUCGAGUCAUAUGUUUGGUUAAAUGCAUAACUUUCAUUGAAAUAUUGUUAGUUUUUAUAUUUUUUUGGACGUA